AUGGCACAGAUCAAUUGGCAACAAGCUCGUCAGAGGCCCGUCAAUACAUUGAGUGCGUUUGUUGCCAUCUCCUGGAAGGUCUCGGGCUAUACUUUACGGAGGCUUGCGACAUGCCUCUCACCGCUGCCCCAGCCCUCACUCCGUACCGCCAUCGGCAACAUUGUCUGCGCGACGCUGUCUGCAUGGGAUUCCGACAUCGUCCUCAAUGCCCCCAAGGCGGCGGUCGAGAAGGCCAGGAAGAUCUCAACACCUGAAUUCACAGCAUUUGAUGUCGGCGAGCCGGGACCCUUUCGAGACGCAGACGUGGUCAUCGUCUACCUCCACGGUGGUGGGUAUUGUAUAGGCCACCCUCUGCAGUACAGGACAAUGUACAAGCGCUGGCUCGGACUGGCGAGAAAGCAAGGGAUGAAACUCGCCAUAGUUGCUGUUCAGUACCCACUUGCUCCCAAGCAUCCCUAUCCAUCGCAGCUGGAAACAGUGCUAGCAGUAUAUCGCCACCUGAUCCACACCGAGCAUGUCACACCGGAGAAGAUCUGUUUUGCAGGAGACUCUGCUGGAGGUAUUUCCCCCUUCCCUUUCGGUUCCGUUCCUCACGAAACCCGCAGGCUAAACCGGACAGGAAAUCUCGUGGCGGCAACAGUUCUAGCGAUUCGAGACGACGAGAAACUCCCCUCCCCAGGCAAAGCUGUGCUCUUCUCCGCCUGGCUUGAUUUGACGCUGUCCACGAUCGAAAACCACGAGUGCCUCGACCGCGACGUCUUGGUGAUUCCGGCGUACAUGAAAGCCCACCUCGUGCCGGCAUUCAUUGGCAAGGACUAUUCGCCCUCCGAUCCGCGCAUUUCGCCUGUCCUGGCGACAGAUUUCAAGAAUUUACCGGCACAGCUGGUGGUGUAUGGCGACCUGGAAGUGAUGCAAGACGAGGCAAAGACUUGGAUCCAGAAGAGCACGGACGCUGGGGUGCCUACUACGGUUUACAUUGGAAAGGGGGGACUGCAUGGGUUCGGUGUAGGGGGGUUGCUGUGCGAUUCUACGCUUCGGCGGGAGGUGGAUGAUACGCUUUUUCGGUUCUUAAAGGGAGAGAAAGACUGA